CCCAAACAGCCUCAGUCGUCCUCUCACCACCGGGCAGGAGGGUCGUGCGCGAUCUUCUCCCAAAACAUUGACGUAUGAGUGAACGACUGAACUUGAAAAUAAAGGUUAAAGUCAAAAGAACAUGUGACGCGAGGAAGAAAAUGUGGAACUGCAAACAGAACUGGAAAACUGUAACAGAAAUUGAAACAACACCGGUAUGAAAAUUGGAAAAAAAAGGAGAGCAUCGAGAUAUGAAAAAAAAUAAAAGAAAUAAAAGAUUUUGAGGAACUGAAUACGAUUAAUAAGGAGGGAUAGAAAAUAUUGUAAGUAGGAAAACAAAACAAAACAUAAGUUGGUUGGAUAAUAAGAUGGUAAGGACUGAAAUGGAACUAUCAGUAUUAAAAACUACAAUGAAAGAAAAUAAAAUAAAUAAAACUGGUGAUAUAAGGAACAUAGAUAACUGGAAAACAAAAUCAAAUCAGUAAGAAACGAUGUGAGUGAAAAAUGUGACAGUGAAUAUAAAACAGAAAAAAACACAAACUAUAAGAAAGAAAAAGUGAGAGAAGAAACACUAAUCCUCUCUGAGACAAAAUUCACAUAACCCAAAGUGGAAAAAAAAAACAUAACGGGACCGAAAAUUAAAGUGUAAUCUCAUAAGAAUAUAAAGUAAAAGAGAAAGAAAAAGAGAGGGAGAGUGAAAGGGAAAAAAAUAUCAAAGGCAACUGACAGCACGAAUCUGCUCUCCUUCAUCACCUUCUUCAAGUCUUGUAAUUAAUAACGUGAGGCAAAGAGAGGGAGAGCGAGAGAGGGAGAGAGGAAGAGGGAGAAAGGAACACUUGCCUCCCCACUCACCUGCCUUACUUACCUGUAAAGCCCCGACCCUCCCUGCCUGUCUGCCUGCCCCGGACGCCCGCCCGCCUGCAGCUCGCCUUCAGGCGUCUCUCUACCACAGCAGCAAGAUGCGGACGCCGACUGUACCCACACCCUCUACUAGUCUUCAGCAGCAUCCUUCCCUAGGAGAGCGGGGGCUGUGACGUGCAGGCUGUGGGCCGGCGAGGUUGAGGAAGCAUGUGUGCAACGGCGGCGGCAGGAAAGAGGCGAACACAGUGUCGUCAUGUUGAGAAUGAUAAACAAAAGGUCGGGUCAUUCACAGUGAAGUGCUGCUCAUUUGGGGAAAUUGUGUGCCAGAAUGAAGUCAUGUGAUACGCGCGUAGCUAAAACACGUGAAUUUUUUUUAGACAGUGAAAAAUUCAAAGUGUUAUGUUUACCAACUGACGGACUCGGAAUACGCAGUGAAGUGGAAAAAUUCUAGCCCCAAAGUGAUUCUUCCAUUAGUGAACACUGAUUGAGUGGUAGAAAAAGAGGGAAAAUUUAUUUGAACUAGACUCGAGGACGAUUUAUCGAGUACGAACAUUCCAACACUACGAAUUUACCCGAGACCAAACUCCCGUGAAAGCCUCGGGACGCGCCAACCCAUUUAGCAUAAGCCUGAUCUCCCGCAAUGGACCCGGGGGAGGGGGGAGGGCGAGAGGGCGGGGGACCAACGUUUUAAUCCAGUGAAACAGACCGAUAGGUAGAUGGAGAGAUAAGUCACUCAGUCAGACUAACACAAACAUAAAGAGAGCACGAUGACCUCUCCCAGUGUAGUUCUUCCCACUCCCACCACGUGACAUAGGAGGUGAGACGUCAACUUCACCAUGAUGUCAGGGUCGGAGGUCACGAUGGAGGUCACAGUGCCUCCCUCCGACUUCACUCUUGACCUCAUCUUGACGUCCUCGCCCUCGUCCGCCAUCUCCUCGGGCACACUGCCGCCCUACCUCACCAUGGAGGCUGCCAACACCACCCAGGCGGCAAACUGCUCGGAGCCACUCAGCCACUUCACUUGGACCAACCACAAGCUGGCCUCCAUCAUCAUCCUGGUGGUGAUCAACGCGCUGGUGCUCGCAGGCAACACGCUCGUCAUCCUGGCCGUGUUCCUCUCCAGCAAGCUGCGCACUGUCACCAACCUGUUCAUCGUGUCCCUGGCCGUGUCUGACCUUCUGCUGGGCGUGAGCGUGCUGCCCUUCAGCAUGGCCUACACGGUGUUCGAGUCGUGGGUGUUCAUGACUGCGUGGUGCUCCAUGUGGCAGGCCAUCGAUGUGUGGCUCUCCACUGCCUCCAUCCUCAACCUGGUGGUCAUCAGUCUGGACAGGUACGUGGCAGUGACAAGGCCCGUGUCGUACCCGUCACGCAUGACCCACGUGCGCGCCAAGGUACUCAUCAUGCUGGUGUGGGUCAUCUCGUUUCUCAUCUGCCUACCGCCUCUGGUGGGCUGGACGGGGUCGGAGCGGGCCCAAACUGUUGUGCUGGAAGCGGACUGCACCCUCAGCUGCUCCCUCAACGACGAUCCGUGGUACGUGGUGUACUCAGCGUGCGGCUCCUUCUUCCUACCGGCGCUGGUGAUGCUCUUCUUCUACUGGAAGAUUUACUGCGCCGCUGCCGAGACCACUCGCGCCAUCAACCAGGGCUUCCGCACCACCAAGAAUAAGCGUAUCCUGGGCAGCCGCUUCCAGGAAGAACGACUCACUCUCAGGAUACACCGCGGUCGUAACUCCGUACAAGAACGGCACCAUCGCGGAUCAGACCGUCGGUGCAAUAAUGGACACCCUACUGGAGGCGACAGUGACGGCAGCGGGGCGCGCGGAGGGAAUAUCAAGAUGAGAACGCUUCGGCCACAGCUCAUCAUGAAGCCAAGCCUUGGCGUGCAGCCCGACGUGACGCGCAUGGGGGAGCCCUGUAAUGUGUGUCAUGAACACUGCUCCAUACACACCUCUACCACCAAGCCUGAUCCUUGCUACACUGUCGAUACAAAUUUUACCCAGGUGGACGCACCCUCCACAGGGCAGCAGCAGCAGCAGCAGCAACAGCAGCAGCAACAGAAGAAGGAGCAGGUAAAUGAGCAUCAACAAAAAGAUAAGGAGAUGCAGAAGCAACCACCGAAGCCGAACCUGCGAAUACACAGGAAGCAGCAACAAAAGCAGAAACAAACCUCCCCAACUCCCAACAGCCUCGCCCCGCCCAACGAGCUGCAGGUGCCUGACAGGUUCCCUGGGCAGGAAGGCGGCACCACGCCUCCGCCGCCACCAAAGACAGGUAGAGGCCGCCCCACUGGUACCUCCAGGAUGGGGCGGCGCAAUAUCAAGCUGCAAGUAAAACGCUUUCGCAUGGAGACGAAGGCUGCCAAGACCCUGGGCGUGAUCGUGGGGGUGUUCACGCUGUGCUGGCUGCCCUUCUUCACAAUGUACCUCCUGCGCGGGGUGUGUGCGGCCUGUGCCAUCAAUGACCUGCUCUUCGAGGUCCUGUUCUGGCUUGGCUAUUGUAACUCAGCCAUCAAUCCCUUCAUCUACGCCCUCUUUAGUAAGGAUUUCCGAUUUGCCUUCAAGAGUAUCCUGUGUCGGUGUGUGUGUAGACGGGAGAUUCGGCCGCCGCGCCCCGCCCACCACGCCUCCAUCUACAUCCCUUCCUAUGACCGAGACAACGACAGCGAUGACGACGACGCCAAGCACUAGUGUGUUGCCGUAGAGCGCACCCACCGAGGCAGGGACUCAGUGUUCAGACAAGUGACUGACAGAAUGACGGCUAAACAGACGCAUGCUCAGCACCCAAGUUCUGGUUCUCUCUCACAUCUCUUGACAUAACUCACUUUUCUUUUAACAAUUUCAAAACCUUUCCAAUGAAUUUUUGAAUUUUUAUUUCUAUUUUAAAGAUAUACAAUUUCAAACGAGGAAACAAACGUGGAAAUUUUUCUUACAUGAAAUAUACGAGAUAAGAUCAUUAAUGCACACACACACACACACACACACACACACACACACACACACACACACACACACACACACACAUACAAACACACACACACACACACACACUCACUAAGACUUCAAUUUAAGAAGCCAUGGAAAACAACAAGAGAUUUAAGAGAGUUUACCAGGAAGUGUCAGCUUACGGGGGAAAAGCUUGACACUUCAAGUCCUCGCGGCACCCGGGCAGCGCCUAGGUGCUACGAGGUGGGUCACCUGAUUGACUCUGGAGAAGCAGUCCACCUCUCUCACAUCAGGACAUGUAGGAGGGGGAGGUACUGACGCAAAAGUGUUCACAAGUUUGUAUGUUCUCUGGUUAGUCAGUUUUGUGAAUCUCGAGAACAUUACUAACAUUAUACAAUAUUUGUUGUGCCGAGGCGACCUGGAAACCAUUGUAUUCACAAUGACUUUACUCAAGCCGCUGCAUAGUCUGAGUCUUUGUUACAAGCGGUGCAUCGAUAGAGACGAUAGUGACCCAUAGCCAAGGUUCGCCAUCAGAGGCUAUAUUAUAAACUGAGGAAGGGAAGGAAGAGGCGAAGGAGGAAGAAAGUGAUGUUCCUUCUUCCUUCCCUCGUGUCCUUCCACAUAUCUGUGAUGCUUUCCGACUAACAGAUCAAAAUAUUGCUAUUUGUCUUAUAUUUUAUAUGCUGCUACUGACAGAAAUCUUAUGGGAAACAUAAAUAGAAAUAUUUAAAUAAAUAUGAAUGAAUAUAAUGUAACAUAAAAGAAGAGAUAAUAUAGAGUUUAUA